GGGAGAGUUAUUAACUGGGAUUCAGAAGCUUCCCAUUUUUAGUUUAAGACAAGCCUUUCCUGUUACUUUGCAUUUGAAGAUUUGGGAAUAUGCUCAUUAUUUCUUAGUUUUGGCAUCUAAUUCCUUGAAGAAAAGGAUGUUGGGUUCAUGAAACCAGAAAAUGUCAGGUCUGACCAAAAGAAAAAAAAUCCAGCAACACACAGAGCUCUGUGUAUUCGGAGAGGAAUUGGCAGGGCUGAGUGGUGGCAGAAAACUCCAAGCAGUACUAAGGGACGUGCCCGGAGUGGAAAAAUCAUGCUAAUUGUCUGUGAGAGGGACCUAAAACUAAACCCAAAAUGAAGAGAGAAAGAGGCGCCUUGUCCAGAGUCCUCAGCACUCCAGGUUUCACGCGUUUGAUGUGCCUUCUUCUUAUCCACACAGGUCUGCUGGAGGGCAUCAAUAUCACCAGCCCAGUCCUGCUGAUCCAUGGUGCAGUUGGCAAACCUGCCCUGCUCUCCGUUAAAUAUACUAGCACCAGCUCUGACAAACCAGUGGUCAAAUGGCAGUUGAAGCGAGACAAGGCAGUCACUGUAGUGCAGUCUAUUGGCACAGAGAUCAUUGGCAACCUGCGGCCUGGCUACAAGGACCGGAUUAAAAUCUUUGAGAAUGGUUCUCUGCUGAUCAGUCAACUGCAGUUGUCAGAUGAGGGCACCUAUGAGGUGGAGAUCUCUAUCACAGAUGACACCUUCACAGGGGAGAAGACUAUUAACCUCACAGUGGACAUUCCAAUUUCAAAGCCUCAAGUUGUUGUUCCAUCAUCUACUGUGCUAGAGCUCAGUGAAUAUUUCACCAUGAACUGCUCCCAUGAGAAUGGUACAAAGCCCACAUACACCUGGCUGAAAGAUGGCAGGCCUCUCAGCAAUGACUCACGGCUGCUGCUCUCUCAUGAUCAGAAGGUGCUCACCAUCACCAGAGUCCUAAUGUCUGACGAUGACAUUUACAGCUGUGUAGUUGAAAACCCAAUUAGUAGUGGGCGCAGUGCCCCAGUAAAGCUAACGGUAUAUAGAAGGAGCUCUCUCUACAUAAUCCUCUCCACUGGGGGCAUUUUCCUCCUCGUCACCUUGGUGACUGUUUGUGCCUGUUGGAAACCCUCAAAAAAGGACAAACGGAAACUGGAUCAGCAGAGCUCUUCUGAACAUGUGGAUCAGAAUGAAGAGCACUUAAAGCAUGAAGUUGAGAUUAUCUCCCGCACUGGAGAACAUGAACGCAAGAAUCCAGUUGCUCUCUACAUCCUAAAGGACAAGGAUUCCCCUGAGCUGGAUGAGGAUUCCCCUCCAGAAUCACAAGGCACAGCCGAGCUGGGGCCGCCCAGCUACUCCAGCUCCCCAACACCUCCUGGCAGAUCCCCCAGACCUCCUGCACGAUCAGCUCGUAGAUACCACCGCUCCCCAGCCAGAUCACCAGCUUCCUCCAGAACACACAAAUCCCCACCACGGUCUCCAGGCUCCCCUGUGCAUUCCCGGAGUGCCACGCGCAUGGUGCGGACUGCUGGGGUUCAUAUAAUCCGGGAGCAGGAGGAGGCCAAUGCUGUUGAAAUCAGUGCCUGAGAGCAUCCUGCAGGUGUGCCAUGGAGACACCACUGGUGAGGGAGGUGUCUCUGACUGGUGGCAAUGUAUGUGCUUCAGACGCGUGUGUGUGUGUGUGUGCGUGCACGCGCGCGCGUGUAAAAGUCCCAUGUGCAGUGAACAGGCCCCAGGCAUGGCCUAUAGAUCAAGGUGAGUGACAUUACUCAGCUGGCUGAAUGAACCCAGUUAAGAACUUACAGUAGCUUCUAUGUUCAGACAUUUAAAAGUUGCUAAUUCCUAUUUAACACCCUAGUGAUCACAUGGAGCUCGCCUAAGCUUUGGCCUCCUGGGGUAUCAAACUAACUGCACUUCAGCUCAAGAGUUUUCCUUCUGUAGCUUUCCAUUCAUACAUGUGUGUGCCUGAGUCAGCCUUCAAGCAUGCAUGGCAGAGAGCAGAUCAGCGAGCACACGUGUUUCCAGUGUGAGAGUGUAUAUGUCUGCGUGAACAUUCAUCUCUAGAUGCAAGGUCUCAUGCUUGAAGAAAGUGUGGAAAAGUGUGCAUGCAGCACGUACACAAACAGAAGCAUCCACAUUACUGUAUGUGCCAGUAAGCACUUGCCUAGAAGCACUGGUGUGGAAAUCUGCACGUAUGUGCAUCUAGUAUGACUGCACAUGUAUGCCUGUGUGGAAGGACAAGGGGAGACAUUAGAUGAGAUCUUUUACAUGCACACGCACGCGCACACACCCCCUCUAUGUACGUCUUGCUGCAUCAAGUGAUCACAUGGGACAGGAGUGCAUCUUUUUAUGCACACACCUCUGGGAGGCUGUUCCCAGGUAUUUGUGCACAGGUGUGCCCCAGCACAGAGCCCAUCUUUCUAUGUGUGUGCAGGCAUCACUGUGCGUGGCUGCAGACUUUUAUGAAAAAAAUUGUGAUGCUGGUUUCAGAGCUGGGGAAUUAUGGAAAGGGUGAGGAGGAUCUGCCCUUUGUAGCCUGGGAAAAUUCAGGCUCAGUUUGGGGAGUGAGAGUCAUCAGCAGUACAGGGCCAGCACAGCCCUGCAGAGGCAAAGCUCUAUGUGGGUCAGUCCCUGGGAGGGGCAGCUUUUGGCUGGAUUGCUGUGAUCAGUAUGGUUACACCGUGUGUCCUGGCCAUGAGAAGCAUGUAGGCCCCUGGAGAUCCUGGGAUGCAAAUUGCAGGAUGGAUGACAGUCAAGACCUGGUUAAUGAAGCCUAUAUUCACAGCUUAGCUUGGCAGAAGGGAGCAAGCCCCGGAGUGGCUGAGUGAUGCUUUCAGUGUUCAAUGAUAUCAGCAUCACCCCUACUAACUCUCUGGCUCACUUUCCUGUACUUGAGCUACAGGCAAGCUGGUGUGUGCCUGCUCUGAGUUAGCAAUGUUGGCACAUGGCAUAGUACUGACCCCCCACUGCUGUCUGAGCAUCUCCUUCCAGCAGGUACUAGGCUGGGAGGCACCUAUAGAGGCACUGUAGAGAGCCAUUCCGGGAAUAAGUGCAAACAGGCCAAGGGCAGAUAGAAUAGAAGCCAAGACAAGAGCCUUGGUGAAGGGUAGUUGGAAGCUCCUGGUCAUGUGACUGGUUCUGGGCUGGCCCAAGUCUGUUCCCUUGUUCAAGCAUACUUUAGAACAGCAUCUGGUCUCAAGGCCACACAGUGAUCAUAGCCCUGAGGGACCAGUAUGCCAACUGAGAAGAUGGGCAACAGCAAGCCAUUCCUGAGGACCCUUCAACUGGGGAGUCUGUAGCUUGCCAGCUUUUUGAACCAGAAGAGGAGCCAAAAAGCAAAGAAGUGGCCCAAAUCAUAGUCAGUGCCUCAGCAGCAUGGAUUUGUUUUGUCCCAAUGGAGCUACUAUGGAGCAGGCCCCACCAGGGUCCCUGCCAUGCUUGGGCAGGAGAGCAGGUCAGUUCUGCAACCCGAGCCAGUAGUACCAUGGUGUCUCUGUGCUAAUGGCUGCACCUGCUGAAAGGAUGCUGCAGGCUGCUAUUUUAAAUUUCUUCUGCCCACAGGGUCAGUCCCAUUCAGUGUCACUGGUUUCCUGUCCAGAAGUUCCCUCUUAAAGUUCAGGACCAUCUAUUGAGUAACUCGAGGUAUGGCACUCAGCUGAAGAUCUGCUCUGAGUUUCCACCCUCAGUAGAGACUGCUGUGCUUCUUCUGUGUUUAAUCAGCUGCUGAGCGCUUCCUCUGAACCUGCUGGGCUCUGAGCCCUGUCUCAUCAUAGCCUCUUCUUCCUCCAGCUCUGUCAUGUCUUUAUUUUCUGUGAAAAUUGCUUGUGAUUUGCAUGCAUGCUCACAUUUUAAAUGUUGCCUUUCUAUUAGAUUAUAUUGGGAAACAAAUGUAGGAGAAAUAUGCCCCACAGCUGCAAUGGAAGAGAAGCUAUUUAGUCUAGUGGGACUGUGUAGGGCACUGUACCCCCACCCAGGAGCUUGUGCUGCACAGACCUGUAAGAGAAGACUUUACCAACUAAUAAACUAAACCUACUACCCUG